UCUUUUUCCAAAAAAUUACUGCUCCCCUGCAUGACGUCAGGAACUUUUCAGCCACUCGUAAAGCUUUUCUUGAACCGUAUCAUCCGGGCAUUGUUCACAGGGAUUUAGCCGCGUGGGGAGGUCGCCAUAUUUACUGUAACGAAGGUUUGUUGACGACUGACAAUGGAGAAUACGGAAGGAAUUCCGUUGCGACGGCCGUUUGAUCCAGCCGCUCACGAACUGGAUGCGAGUUUCCGACUCACAAAAUUUGCUGACCUGAAGGGAUGAGGGUGUAAAGUCCCUCAGGAGGCCUUGGAGAAGCUUCUUGAGGGACUCCAACAGGACAGCAAUGCCCAAGAGUCGGAGCAGUCGCAAUUCCAGUACAUGGCGGCCGCACCAAGAAUUGGCAUUGGUAUGGAUGCAUCAGUUACUCCCCUGAGACACGGUGGCCUGUCUCUGGUUCAAACAACAGAUUUUUUUUACCCACUAGUGGAUGAUCCUUACAUGAUGGGUAAGAUUGCUUGUGCCAAUGUGCUGAGUGAUUUGUAUGCUAUGGGUGUGACAGACACUGACAACAUGUUGAUGCUGCUUGGUGUUAGCAACAAAAUGACAGAAAAAGAGCGUGACAUUGUGGUACCCAUGAUGAUGCGAGGUUUUAAGGACUUGACCGAGGAAGCGGGCAGUUCAGUGACCGGAGGUCAGACGGUCAUUAAUCCCUGGAUGACCAUUGGAGGCGUGGCUACCACGGUCUGUCAGUCUAAUGAGUUCAUCAUGCCUGACAAUGCGGUUGUGGGUGACGUCCUGGUUCUUACGAAGCCUCUGGGGACACAAGUGGCUGUCAAUGCUUACCAGUGGUUAGAUCAACCGGAGAGGUGGAACCGAGUCAAGCUGGUUGUGACAGAGGACGACGUCAGGAAGGCGUACCAGAGAGCCAUGUUUAGCAUGUCAAGACUCAAUAGAACAGGUGCCCGUUUGAUGCACAAGUACAAUGCCCAUGGUGCUACAGAUGUGACAGGAUUUGGGUUACUGGGUCACGCUAAGAACCUGGCUAAGAUUCAGAAGAAUGAGGUCAGUUUUGUUAUCCACAACCUCCCUAUCAUCGCCAAGAUGGCUUCCAUCAGCAAGGCCUGUGGAAACAUGUUUGGGCUGCUCCAAGGACACUCGGCAGAAACUUCAGGUGGAUUAUUAAUGGCAUUACCCCGAGAACAAGCCGCGGCAUUCUGUAAGGACAUCGAGAAACAGGAGGGCUACCAGUCCUGGAUUAUAGGCAUUGUAGAGAAAGGCAAUAGGACAGCCAGAAUUAUCGACAAACCGCGCGUGAUAGAAGUGCCGGCCAAGGACAGGGACGGGGAACUGUGGUAGUCUCCGAAAAUCUAAACGACCAAUGCUGAAAAUUUACUGAAUUGGAUAAUAGAUUGUUUCUCUUGUAAACCAAGUUUAAUUAAUGUUAAAAGGGAAAAAACAGGUUCAUAAAGCAAGAUUUAUCAAAACAUUGUCAGAAAAUUUAUAUUUUCUAGUUGGGAUUUGAAAACAAAGUAAUUUUUUCUUUCUUUUUGAAAGAUUUUGUUUGAAAUAUAUUGUUGACUUUGUUACUGUUUCUUUAGUUCACAAUUUUCAUUUUGUAAAUCAUGACGGUAAUUAAUUAAAGAAAAUGAAUGAAAAAAAAAAAUCUAUUACAUAAAGCUAUACCUAACUGGAGGGUUAAGCUUGGUCAUUGUCACUUGAACUCUUGUAAAUAUUCUGAUCUAAUUCAUGAAGCUGUUUGAAAAAAGAACAGAUGUUGAUUCAACAGUGGAAAAUUUUAUUACUUAGAGUUCAGGAUUUUUACAAGAGUGAAGUGAAAAAUCAUUGAAAUUGUUCAUUACCAUUCUCAAUUCAUUCAUAAUAAAAAAGUUAUCAAUGUA